CUUACACAUGGCCCACGACCUGUUCGACGAAAGUGUCUCCUAUAAAAACACCACCUUUUUGUAAAACUCCAAACUGAACCUGCACUCGAAUAACCUCUCUCUCUCUCUCUGGUCGUCGCAAAGAAUCACAAAUGUGGAGGCGCGUCGUGUCUCUGCCGCCGCUGCUUUCUUCGUCUAACUCGCGCCGCCUAAAUCAGGUGCAGGUGGCCUAUGGAUUCAAUGCUUCCCAAGUUUUUUCUACUCAGGUUCUGAAUCCGGCAGAAGAAGGAGUCUCUGGUGCAAGAAGGAAACCAUUUGUAACAUUUGUCUUGGGCGGCCCAGGGAGUGGGAAAGGCACCCAAUGUACAAGGAUUGUUAAUACCUUCGGGUUUACCCACUUGAACGUUGGGGACCUGUUGAGGAAAGAAAUCUAUUCUGAUAGUGAAAAUGGUUCCAUGAUUCUUGAUACAAUCAAGGAAGGUAAAAUUGUUUCCUCAGAAGUGACCGUUAAACUGAUAAAAAAUUCCAUCGAAGCAAAUGAAAACAGUAGAAUUCUUGUUGAUGGCUUUCCAAGAAGUGAAGAGAAUCGAAUAGCUUAUGAGCGAGUUGUUGGGGUUGAACCGGACAUUGUGCUUUUCUUCGAUUGUCCUAAAGAAGAAAUGGUGAAACGCGUACUAAAUCGCAACGAGGGGCGAAUUGAUGAUAAUAUUGAUACAGUCAAGGAAAGGUUAACCAUGUUUUCAGAACUCAACCUUCCCGUGAUCAAGCAUUACUCCAAGAAAGGGAAACUUCACAAGAUUGAUGGUACGGGAACAGAAGAUGAAAUAUUUGAAAGGGUUCUCCCCAUUUUUGCUGCAUUGAGGUGAUCCAAAACAAGAAAAACUUGGUGAAGAUGGCAACUCUAAGCAUUGGCCAAUUAAACACAAUAAUUUGGUAUACUAAAAAUCUGGUGGUAGAGUAAAAUUUUACAAGUGUGUUUUAGCCUUGGCAUUUUCUUGCUUUUCCGUAUAUACAUGUACAUGUACUUGCUUUUUUUUGCUUUUCUUACAAGUAGCGUUGAGCAACUGAGUAAUCGAAACAAACAGAAAUGUAAAGAGACACAGAUUUAUGUGGUUCACCAACGUUAUGCUGGCUACGUCCAUUGGCAA